AAGAGGCACAGUUAUUCAAAAUACACACAUCGUGCACUUCGCUUGAAUUAAAAUGAAUCUAAUACUCGCGCUUCUUCUCUUGGUCUUUGUUCUGCGCAGCAACGCUGAAAACUGCAAAGAGAAAAACGAAUUUCAAUCCUUAUGCUUUAGCACCAUAAAGCCUAUCCUAGAUCGCUCGAAAAGCUUACAGAGGGAAGUGGACAACUUGAAGCAUGAGGCGGAGAAUCUGUCUGAAUUCAAGAAAUCAAUGGAGCAUUUGGAAGCGAAAACAAAUACAAUUUUGCAAAACAUGGCUUCGCAAAAUGAGAAGGUCGAGGAAAAGUUGCAAAAUUUACAGAAACUGAUAGAAGUAAAAAAUGCUGAAGUUGGGUUACCUUAUCAGAAAAUUGGUUCGAAAUACUAUUACAUAGAAAAAAAUGAAAAGGUCAAUUGGUUUCAAGCUGCAAACAGAUGUACUGCCAUUGGUGGACAUUUGAUUAGUUUCAAGAAUCAGCAUGAAAUCGAUGCCAUCAAAAAAAUAUUGCCACCUUCAACGGAUUAUUGGAUUGACAUUAACGAUUUAGCUAAUGAAGGAGAAUAUGUUUCGGUAGCCACGGGUAGCAGGGCAUCUUAUUUAAUUUGGAGAUCAGGGCAACCAGAUAAUUACAACAAAAUAGAACAUUGCGGCGAAAUAAAUUCGAAUAUUUACCAAAUGAAUGAUUUUUCUUGCAGUAAAGAACAAUUGUUUAUUUGUGAAUUUAGAAACCAACACUAAAAUCUGUAGUGAAAAAAUAUUCAAAUGUCCUGUAUAUUUGUUAAUAUUUCUGGCGUAAAUUUCAAAAUAAAUUCAAAACAAAUAAAACUUCUAUGC